AAUUACAGACCGAUGAUCAAUCAAUUAAUCCGUCUGGCAUCACAUUGACGAAUGCAAUGGCACCAAGUCCAACCCUCUUCGUCUUUCUCCUCCUAGUUCUCCAACUGAUCAUCUGCAACGCCGCCAUGAGACUGCCCAAAUUCACGGCCCUUCUCAUCUUCGGCGAUUCAACAGUCGACUCUGGCAAUAAUAACUAUUUAAACACUCUAGCCAAAGGCAACCACCCACCUUACGGCCGGGACUUCCCCGGCCAUAUCGCCACAGGCAGGUUUUCCAACGGAAAACUUGUUCCAGACAUGGUGGCCUCCAAGCUGGGAAUAAAAGACGCUAUUCCUCCAUUCCUCCAACCAGACCUAUCGGACGAGGAACUGCUUACAGGUGUCUGCUUUGCCUCCGGGGGAUCGGGACUCGACGAUCUUACUGCUGCAGCAGCCGGAGUGAUCCCGGUCUCCAAGCAGUUAUCCUACCUGAAAAUGUACGUAGAGAGGCUGAAGAGACUCGUUGGGGAACAAGAAGCUCAAAGCAUCAUCAGUGGCGCUUUGGUUGUUAUCAGUGCAGGAACAAAUGACUUUGCUCUUAAUUUCUACGAUUUACCCACAAGAAAGUUUCAGUUCAACAUCAACGAGUACCAAGAUUUUCUGCUAAACAAUCUGCAAAACUUUGUGCAGAAAGUGUACAACAUGGGGUGCCGUAAAAUGGUGGUUGCUGGGCUUCCACCAAUUGGGUGCCUGCCAAUCCAGAUGACUCUGAAAGCUAGAGUACUUCAAAGAACAUGCUUACAUCACCAGAAUUUAGAUUCAAAAUUGUAUAAUCAGAAGCUUGCUGAAGACCUGAUACCUCGAUGGACGCGGUCUCUUCCGGGGAGCCUAAUUAUCUAUGCAGAUGUGUACAAUCCUCUGAGCGAUAUGAUCAACCACCCUCAAAAAUAUGGAUUUAGGGAAACUGGCAGGGGGUGUUGCGGGACUGGAUUGGCGGAAGUAGGACCCUUCUGUUCUCCACUGAGUCUGGUGUGUCACAACACUUCCCUCUUCUUGUUCUGGGAUGGCAUUCAUCCAACAGAAUUAGCCUACAGCUACCUUGCUCAAACCAUCCUCAAGCAAAUCAUUGGCAGCAGAUCAGCCAGCACUGAUCAUUUCAGUAAAUGACUCACUUUAGCUGACAUAUUUUACAAGAUUUUACAUUAGAAGGUGUUAUUUUAUGUUCCUUCUCAUCUUCAUGUACUCUCAUUUUAA